UUUAACGGUAGUUUUUUUUCUACAUUUUCAUCCGUGAUGGCGGAGGACAGCGAAUCUGCAGCCAGCCAGCAGAGCUUGGAGCUGGACGACCAGGACACCUGCGGUAUCGACGGGGACAACGAAGAGGAGAAUGAACACAUGCAAGGGAGUCCAGGAGGAGAUUUGGGAGCUAAAAAGAAAAAGAAGAAACAGAAGAGGAAGAAAGAGAAGCCAAGUUCAGGAGGAGCAAAAUCUGACUCUGCCUCCGACUCUCAGGAGAUGAAGAACCCGGGUCUCCCCAUGCAGAAGCUCCAAGACAUUCAGAGGGCCAUGGAGCUGCUGUCCUGCCAGGGUCCAGCCAAGAGCAUCGACGAGGCAGCCAAACACAAGUACCAGUUUUGGGACACACAGCCUGUACCCAAACUCAAUGAGGUGGUGACCAGCCAUGGGCCCAUUGAAGCAGACAAGGAGCACAUGAGGCAGGAGCCGUACUCCCUCCCUCAGGGCUUCAUGUGGGACACGCUGGACCUCAGCAGUGCAGAUGUGCUGAAGGAGUUGUACACGCUGUUGAAUGAAAACUACGUGGAGGACGAUGACAACAUGUUCAGAUUUGACUACUCGCCCAACUUCCUCAAAUGGGCGCUGCGUCCCCCUGGCUGGCUACCUCAGUGGCACUGUGGAGUGAGAGUGUCCUCUAACAAGAAGCUGGUGGGCUUCAUCAGUGCUACUCCUGCUGACAUCCACAUCUAUGACAUGUUAAAGAGUAUGGUAGAGAUCAACUUCCUGUGCGUCCACAAGAAGCUGCGUUCGAAGCGUGUGGCUCCAGUCCUGAUCAGAGAGAUCACCAGGAGGGUCAACUUAGAGGGGAUCUUCCAGGCUGUCUACACUGCAGGAGUGGUCCUGCCCAAGCCCGUGUCCACAUGCAGGUACUGGCAUCGGUCUCUGAAUCCCAGGAAGCUAGUGGAGGUCAAGUUCUCCCACCUGAGCAGAAACAUGACCCUGCAGCGAACCAUGAAACUCUACAGACUACCAGAUAGCACAAAGACCCCAGGGCUCCGGCCCAUGGAGAGGCGGGAUGUGAGCCAGCUCACAGAGCUGCUUCAGAAACACCUGAGGCGUUUCCAGCUGGCGCCCUCUAUGGGAGAGGAGGAGGUGGCUCACUGGUUCCUGCCCCAGGACAACAUCAUAGACACGUUUGUGGUGGAGGGUGCCGGUGGUGUGUUGACGGACUUCACCAGCUUCUACACCCUGCCCUCCACGGUGAUGCACCACCCGCUCCACAGGAGCCUGAAGGCAGCCUACUCCUUCUACACCGUCCACACACACACUCCUCUGCUGGAGCUGAUGAACGACGCACUGAUACUGGCCAAACUGAAAGGCUUUGAUGUGUUCAAUGCUCUGGACCUGAUGGAGAACAAGGUGUUCCUGGAGAAGCUCAAGUUUGGCAUUGGAGACGGGAACCUGCAGUAUUACCUCUACAACUGGAGAUGCCCUCCCAUGGACCCUGAGAAGGUCGGCCUGGUACUACAGUAACAAGGCUGCUGUGGGUGGUACUACAGUAACAAGGCUGGUGUGGGCUGCUACACACUGGUCUGCAGGUCAAUCAUCAGUUCCGACAUCAGACUUUUCCCAACCAGGACACAGUUGUUCCUGAUCUCCACAGGACGACUCCAGAGCAGUGAUGGACAGCCUGUCUUUUGGAGAAGCUCUCCAAGCUUAUGUUGGUGUCAUGGAAACCAUUCUCUCAUACGCAAAUGAUAACUCAUCAAUAUCUUGAAUGUGAAAUUAUGCUCUGCCUGAGAUACUGAGACCAUACAGUACUUAAAACACACACACACACUCAAUACAGUACUUAAAACACACACACUCAUACAGUACUUAAAACACACACACACUCGGACAGCACUUCAAAUACACACACAAAAAACCAUUCACACUUUCAGAGUAUGUAAGUAAGCAUGUACACAUACAUCAACUUACAGACAGCCAUGUGCACUCACGCACGCAACAAGGAAGAACAGACUUGCAUCCCAAAAGAAUCACAUGGUUUUUGUCAGUUUGAGAAAGCAGAAAUGUAGUCCCCUGUACAUGUAAUGCCAGAUCAUAUGUAUUCCUGUAGUAAAGGGCCGGAGUGUUGACAGAACAGAUCCAAAGCAUUUUCUUUAUAACUAGUUUAGAUGUUGUUUACUGUUCCUAUGAACAGUUUGGAAGAAGCGGUUUUAAUGUUUGUUUUUUAGAAAGAAUGUAUUGCAUUAUUGAAGCACAAUUCUUGAGUUCUUAAUCGAGCAAAUGGCUCCUUUAAUACCAGGUGCAUUUUUAUUGAGUGUUUUCUUUGUUCUGAUGUAUAGGUUUUCAAAUGAUACUGUGUCUUGACAAAUAUGAGGCAGGAUGCAAUUGUGUUGAAAACAAAACAAAAAAUCAUUUUUUUGUGGCUACCAGCAAACGUGAGAAUGCCCCCCCUGUUUCACACAAUUCUGAUAUUUAGAAUUGUGCUUUAUGUUACUUGUUGUAUGACACAAUACCUGUUCUGUCUUUCAGUUUUUGUAAAACCCUAAAUACUGAAUUCAGCUGGCAGUAUUAGACUUGGAUAGUCUUGGGCAGCUCCUUGUGUAACAGAGCGUGAGGAUGCUGUGUAGGAUCCUGACACAUCUGUCGGGUCCCUCUGAGGAGAACUUGGCUUCUUGAAGCACGACUGGGUCAUCCAUGUCAAGUUAAAAAGACAGGUCUUGAAAAUAAUGAUAGUUUAUGUUGGAAAACCUUUUCUUUAUCCCUGACCCACUAGUCAUGGGCAGGCGCUUGCUUUACGUGUUGAUGUGCAGCUUUGUGAAAGUGACAGGUCCAGUCUGGGUCCAGCUCCACUACUGUCCCAGCUCUUUACAUUCCCAUUUGACCAUACUUGUCGUUUCAUUCACUUCCUUUGUAAACUUGGCAGUAGAAGCCUGGUGCGAGGCAGGGGAAACCGCCACUGCAGCUCCAGGAGCCGGUGGACCUCCGGGAGACUGCAAACAUUAACACUGCUGAAUUGAUGAGCAUUGAGCCCUGCAGUUUCACAAGCUGACAGAUGUAGUUACCACAGGGGCACCUUAGUGAUGUAAGUUCUGUCAUGUUUGUGUUAAGCUGCUUGUAUGAAUUUGAGCAUGAGGCUGUUUUGAUACAGUGCCGAUGCCAUGAGGGCUGGCGCUAAACCUAACCCUCUACUACGGUGAGAGCUCCUCCAAGCACUUGCCUUAUUGAAGAGAAGUUGUUUUUAACUAUAUCAAAAUGUGUCGUUUUGAAGAAGAAAAAACAUGGAGCUUUCUCUAAUUGAAGAACAAUAUUUGUAUUGAAGUCCAUUCCAGGCGGUAGAACUGCAGAACCAGCACUGUUUAGACUUCAUCCAAACACUCUGUUACAAACACGUCAGUUAUACCAGCAUGGA